AUGAAAGUUAAUAAAAGUCAUUAAAGCAAUGUAUUUUAAUUGGCAGCUUAAAGUUCUGAGAGAAUCUAAAAGUAUAUCAAUUCAAAUCAUAACUCAAGCUUUUUAAAGAGUAUAAUAAUGAAUAUUAAAUAACAGGUAUAAAAAGUGGAAGUAUUCCUUUGCUUAAUCCUGAUUUACAUGAAUUUGUAGAUAGGCCUCGUGAAAAAACACCAGUUUAAUAUAAAUCAGAGAGAAUAAAAGCAUAGGAAGCUUAAGAUGAGUUUUUGAGAGGACAUUUAAAGGCAGGUCCUUAUAUGAAACUACCUUUAAAUAUGAGGAAUGAGAUUUUGGCAAAAGAAAAGAUGCCUUUGAGAUUUGGGUAGAAUCCUAGGACAGAGAAUCAAAGAUUAUAAGAGAAAUUAGAGAACUCAAGAUAUAUCGAUUUUACAUAAAGAGAUCUAGGAAUGGCUUAGAGACCUAAUUGGAAACCAACUUAAAGAGAGAAAUGGAUUAGUGAUUAAGAUUUUAAAUAAGCAGGAGGUAGAUUUUUAGAAAAGACAGCAUGGAAAGAAAUGCCGUUUCGUAAUCCUGAUGAUAAUUAUAUAUAUAUGGAAUAAGAGAAUUCUCUGAUAGAAUUUAAACGUAUGAGAUCAGAAGGAUUAGAGAAAAUGUAAAAACUUCCAUUUAAUCCAGUAAUAAAGAAGAACCCAUAUACUCAAUUUUCAACAAGCAUAAGAACAUUUAAAUAGGAUUAAGCAUUCGGAAUAGAAAAUAAAACACUUUUCUCUUAAAAUAGUCAGCUUAAAAAUUAUAAGAGUGCAUUAAUUUCUACAAAAUCAAUGGAUCAUAUAAUGCCAUAUAAUCAUAGUAAUAAUAAGUAAUCAAUAAAGAAUUUAUUUCCUAAUGUUGAGAAACAAUAUUUAAAAUCAAGUGUUUAAUUGGGAGGAUAAUUAAAAGAGAUUAAAUUUAAGAUUCCAAAUGAAGAUGCUGAUGAAUUUCCUAAAAUGUAAAAUGGAUAAUCAUCAUCACCUAUAAGAGAGUAUCCUUAAUAGGAUGAUUUUAAUAAUACGAAUUUUGAGAAAACAAAUUCAAAUAUGAAGAGAGGAUUUCAACCAUUUAAAGUGUAUGAUGAAGAAGAAACCAAAUAAAUAAUAGGGAGGUAUUUUGAUAAAGGGAAUUUUUGA